CGGCGCGUCGCCGCCGCGUGGGAACUAUGGACGGCUCUGAUCGGCAGCUAGGGGUGAGUUAUUGGCUCUGGCGGCGUAUAUAACAGGGACGACUGCUCCAGGAGCGUACAUCUUAGAUCGCUCCAACAUGAGGCCCGUAUCGGUUGCGCUGCUGCUGACGUUCGCCAUAGCUGUGGUGCUCGCCGAGGAGUACGGGACGGCAGAGGGCAGAACGCUGCUGGGAGGUGGAGGGUACUGGGGCGGCAGCAACCCCAGGGGCGGCGCUGGGGGCGGCUGGGGAGGCUCCUGGCCUGCCGGGGGCGGCGGAGGCGGCAGCGGUGGCUACAGAGGCCCCGGCAAGUAUGGCGGUGGCGGCGGCGGCGGAGGCAGCGGCUACGGAAGCGGCGGGCGGUGGGGCAGCCCCGGUCACAGGGUGCAGUACCAAAGCGGACUCGCCAAGUGAAGCAGGCGGCACAGCUCCUUAACAGCAGCAACCAAUUUGUCUACAAUUACUGUACAAAACCGCACGCCUGUGCAACUCAUAAAAUCAGCAGCGGCAUUCCCUUCGGCUUUGUAAUGAAAAUGUAUAAAAUUAGAGAUCACAAUUGUAACUGCACUAUAUAUACAGCAUUCAAUAACGGUUUCAUGAACUAAACAGGCAUCUUAACUGCGAAAUGUAAUUUACUCAAAAUCCCUUAUUGAAAAAGUAUACAAACAGCCGAAAUAUUGGGGAAUUGUAACUGUAUGAACUAUAUUUAUGUAUCGGUCCUGUCUUUAUAUACUGAAGAUAUCUGGCAACAAAUUAACAAUAAAUUUCUUUGACAAUGA